AUGGAAGACAGCAGUGGCGUUGCCAUCCUGGUAUUUCACUCCAAAGGCCAGCAGGAGGUCUUCAUCCCUGACUCUCACAGUCAUAACACGGAGGACAAACAGGAGCAGCAAAAGAACAGACAGACGGCAGACUCUCUCAUUCACGUCAUCGAAAAGCUCAGUAAGAUAGUAGAGAAGCAGCCCAAGAGGUGCGCUCUAUCCGGGAAGAAGUGCCCGUCCACGCCCUCCACCCCGGUGACCGUGACGGGCAUCACAGAGGAGAGUCAAGAUGCCUCACUGUGCAAGAGAGCCAGGACUCAAGGACUGCCAGAUCAGACAGAUCAAACAAAACAGGAGGCUUCUAAUCAAAGCGCUCAGAUUGUGACCUGUUACCAGUGCAGCCUGUGCCGCUUCCUUUCCCCGACGUUAAGCGCACUGAAGGAGCAUUUGAAGCAGCACGACGAGCAGAAGAGCGACCUGGUUCUGGUUUGCUCAGAGUGUCGAUUUACUUCCAGCCACCACGAGGAGCUGGAGGCGCAUGUCAGGUUGCAUACUAACGCAUCGCCAUCAGAACGAGGUUCUGGAUCCAUAAAGGAGAACUUGACUGAGAGAAUGGGAGUGUAUACUAUCAAGACCGAACCUGAGAAAAGGCCAGGAGUGCCUCCUAAGAAGUGGUACAGCUACGAGCAGGGUCGGUAUCGCUGCCUGAUCUGCAGCUAUGAGUGUAUGCAGCAGCGCAAUCUUAAAACACACGCCUGGAAGCAUGCUGGCUUGGUGGAUUGCUCCUACCCCAUAUUCGAGGAUGACGACGACCAGCGGGACGCACCUCCUGUGUACAGCCCUUCACUGGAACACCUUAGAGAAGAUGAUUCUAUUGUUGUCCUGGCACCUGUCGGAGAGAGGGCGCAGAUUCUGCACGGUACUUCGUCCAUUCAAGUUGAAGUGUGCCCAUCAGAAGGUGUCAAAUGCGAUACUGAAUCUGUGGCAAAGGAUGCCUGCCAAGAAGCCGCGUCGAAGGAACCCCCUGGUGUGGUCCAGGUGACCCCCGAGGCGCAGAGGGAGCUAGAGCUUGAGACAGAGAGCCGGCAUACCACCGCUGACAGCUUGCUCUCCUCGGCACAGAAGAUCAUCAGCUCCAGAGGCAACAGUGCCGGUCACGUCAACGUCAUCGUAGAGAGACUACCUUGCCACGAGGAGCACGUGGCCACCAAGUCUCUGCUUCUCAACCCGGAAGCUUCCGGAUACAAGAACUUGCUCGCUUCCCAGGAGGCGAGCCUAGACAACAAGCUUCACCAUAUGUACUGUGGUGAACAGGUCGACUGGAGCGGUAGCAACAAGCAGGAAACGGACAAGGACGUCUCCGAUCCACUUCCGGACGAGAACGUCCCUCCUACGCGCAGACGGACCCACUCGGAGUGCCUACGACUGCAUUCCUUGGCUGCCGAAGCCCUCGUUGCCAUGCCCUUAAGGACCCCGGAGCUGAAUAGGACCUCUCUCGGAGACACCUCAAGCUUGAUCUCUGAUACGGGUCAAAAAAUCGAGUCGUCCGACGCCUUAGCCGCGACAGGAGAGCUUGUGCCUGGGAUCGGAGGUUCACCCACUGUUCUGAACCUUGGUCAAGGCUCCAAGGAAGACUUGCUAGUUGAAGGACCUUUUAAAGCUGGGAUCAGCACAUCGUUGCUGACCGUCAUCGAGCGCCUACGUGAACGGUCGGAUCAGAAUACAUCUGACGAGGAUAUUCUGAAGGAACUGCAGGUCAACGCCCAGGUGCAAAAUGAUAGCAGAGACUCUAGCGAGGUGGCAGAGAUUGGAGGUGGAGAUUCCUCCACUCCUACAGAUGCCAGCCUGGUGGACUACAUUGCUGGAAGUGACAGACCCUACCGCUGCCGCCUGUGCCUUUACAGCAGUGGGAACAAGGGCUACGUCAAGCAGCACCUGAGGGUGCACAGGCAGAGGCAGCCGUACCAGUGCCCCAUCUGCGAGCACAUCGCCUGCAACAGCAAGGAUUUGCAGAGUCACAUGAUCCACCACUGCAAGAGUCGCAUGUACCAGUGCAAGCACUGUAUGGAGACGUUUCACUAUAAGAGUCAGUUAAAGAACCACGAGAGAGAGCAGCACGGGGUGAGCGAUGCUGUACCCGUCGGUGAAACCACGCCAAGCCCCGAGGAGACGGAAAAGAUGAUGGAUGAGGGCAUCACCAGCGAGCAGAAAGUGUUUAAAUGUGAUAUGUGUGACUACACCAGCUGUACGUACGUUGGCGUGCGGAACCAUCGCAGGAUUCACAGUUCGGACAAACCAUAUAGGUGCUGCGGCUGCGACUUUGCCACCACCAACAUGAACAGCCUGAAGAGUCACUUAAAGAAACACCCGCAGAAACACCAGGCGCUACAGCUGCUCGAGCAGUACAGCUGCUCCCUCUGUGGGUACGUGUGCAGCCACCCUCCGUCCCUCAAGUCCCACAUGUGGAAACAUGCUGGAGAUCAGAACUACAACUACGAACAAGUUAACAAAGCCAUAAACGAGGCUAUCUCCCAAAGUAGCCGAUCUCUGGCUGUGCCUUUGAAAUCGACACCGGAUCCAGCGCUGGAUCGCUCGUACGUCACCCAGGACAAGAAAGACGCCACGUCGCCGGAUCCAACCCAGAGAGGACAGGGCGUACCGGUAAGGAAGGACGACGCGGGGCACCCGCGGGCGGCCGCGGAGUACUGCGUUCUGCUCUUCUGCUGCUGCAUCUGCGGAUUCGAGUCCACCAGUAAAGAGCAGCUGAUGGAGCACAUGAAGGAGCACGAGGGGGACAUCAUUAGCAUCAUACUAAACAAGGAGCAGCAGGCUAACGUCCCGGGACAGUCCGGCACGGUGCAGUGAGACGUGCAGGAGCGUCUCCAGAUCUAAACCUCUUCAUGUAAGGGCCAGUAACUUUUGCACACGUUUAUUUUU